AUGGCUCCACAGACUGGCUCCACUGAAAAGGAGGCACAACCUGUUUCAACAUUUCCACAGCUUUUCACAUGGGAAGAGAUCAGAACCCACAAUGGCCGUGGUCAAGGCCGGGAGCAGUGGCUGGUGAUUGACAGGAAGGUUUAUGAUGUCAGCAAGUUUUCCAAACGCCACCCUGGAGGCAGCAGAGUUAUUAGCCACUAUGCUGGGCAAGAUGCUACGGAUGCCUUUGUAGCAUUUCACAGUGAUAAGGCUCUGGUGAAAAAAUACUUGAAAUCUCUGCUGAUUGGGGAGUUGGCACCAAAUCAACCCAGCUUUGAGUCUAAUAAAAAACAAUCCCUUUUGGAGGAUUUUCGGGAGCUGCGCUGCGCUAUCGAGAGGAUGGGACUCCUGAGGCCGAGCUCCAGCUUUUUCUUCCUGAUCUUCCUUCACCUCCUGAUACUGGAUGCUGCAUCCUGGCUCGUGGUCUGGUACUUUGGGAUAUCCUUAGUGCCUUUCCUGGUGGGCAUGGCGCUCUUCACCACUGCUCAGAUCCAGAUGGGCUGGUUCCAACACGAUCUGGGGCACUGCUCUGUCUUCAGCAGGCCUAAAUGGAAUCGAGUUAUGCAGGUGGUUGUGAUCAAUCUUCUGAAGGGUUUAUCAGCCAGCUGGUGGAAUCACCUGCACAACCAGCACCAUGCCAAACCCAACUGCUUCCGCAAAGACCCUGACCUCAACAUGCACCCUCUCCUCUUCAGCUUGGGAAAGACUCUCUCUGUGGAGCUUGGAAAACAGAAGAAGAAGUUCAUGCCUUACAAUUACCAGCAUAAGUAUUUCAUCUUUUUGGCCCCUCUGGCACUCGUACCCUUCUUCCAGCUGUCUAUAUUCUACUUUACAAUCAAGAGGAAGAAGUGGUUGGACCUGUUUCUAUUUGUGUCUUACAACAUCCGUGUCUGUCUCAUGUAUAUUCCUUUAAUGGGCUUUAACAACUUCAUGGUGUACUACUGGUUGUCCAGGUACCUAGAGAGCACCUGGUUUAUUUGGGUGUCACAGAUGAAUCACAUUCCAAUGGACAUAGACUAUGACAGGAAUGAAGACUGGGUGUCUACUCAGCUCCAUGCAACAUGCAAUGUGAAGCAAUCCUUGUUCAACGACUGGUUCACAGGGCACCUGAACUUCCAAAUUGAGCACCACCUUUUCCCUACAAUGCCUCGACACAACUACUGGAAAGCAGCUCCUCUGGUGAAAGCCCUGUGUAAUAAGCAUGGCAUUGAGUACAAAAGCAAGCCAUUACUGACAGCUUUUCUGGAUAUUUUGCAUUCACUCAAGGAUUCUGGGGACCACUGGCUUGAAGCAUACCUGCAUGGGUAGAACCAGGGAACCUCUUCACCAGACAACUGCUGC